UAUACGUAAGCACCUGGUCCAUUUGUAAAAGAAUUAGCAUAAUUGCUGAAAAAAGGAAAUACUGCUGAAACAGGAAAAUGGAUUUAUCUCGUGCACCAAACGAAAGGAAGUUGUAUCUUUGCAAAUGGUAUUUCAAAGCUGGUUUUGCGUUACUACCCUUCCUGUGGUCUAUCAAUACAGUCUGGUUCUUUAACGAGGCCUUCCGUAAACCCGCAUACGAUGAGCAAAAGGAAAUAAAAAAAUAUGUCAUAUUUUCUUUGGUUGGAACGUUAGUAUGGCUCAUCGCAAUUGUUUCGUGGAUUGUCACAUUCCAGCUUAAACGGACCGAUUGGGGAGAAUUUGCAGACAAUAUUAGUUUUAUCAUACCUCUGGGGCAAGCAUAGUAGUAAUGAAGGCAUGCACAAACGACUAGAAAAAUAAUUUAACUUAUAAUAAAAUUA